AUGGCUGCCGCGCUGGGAGCCGGCGGAGGAGCUGGAGCUGGAGAUGAUGACUUUGAUCAGUUUGAUAAACCUGGUGCAGAACGGUCCUGGAGAAGAAGAGCUGCAAAUGAGGACUGGGAUAGUGAACUUGAAGAUGACUUACUUGGAGAGGAUUUUACUGGCAAAAAGAAUCAAUCAGACUUGUCAGAUGAAGAGCUAAAUGAUGAUCUCUUACAGAGUGAUAAUGAAGAUGAAGAAAAUUUCAGUUCUCAGGGUAUCACAAUUAGUCUUAAUACCACAGCUAGCAUGGUACCAUCAUUUGAACUGUCUGACAACACUAAUGACCAGUCUGGAGAACAGGAAUCUGAAUAUGAACAAGGAGAAGAUGAAAUCAUUUAUCACAAAUCUGAUGGCUCGGAAUUGUAUUCUCAAGAGUACCCAGAAGAAGGACAAUAUGAAGCCCAAGAUGCUGAGUUGACAGAAGAGCAGAUAGAAUAUUCAGAAGAGCAAGAAGAGGAACAACUUUACAAUGAUGAAGUGCUAGACAUAGAAGUCAGUGAAUCUUUAGAUGACUUUACAGAUGAAGAAUACUUGCAGGCUUAUGGUGGGCAACAAGGGAUGCAAAAGCAGGAAGACUAUGUUGCUGAAGAUAAAUUAGAUGAGAUUACUGAUUCCCAGGUUGCUCCUGAAACUGAAGAGGGAAGUAUGGAAACAUUGGAACUCCAGAAAGACGUAAAAGAAGAAUCAGAUGAAGAAGAUGAUGAUGAUGAAGAAUCUGGGAGAUUACGUUUCAAAACUGAAAGGAAGGAAGGAACAAUUAUUAGGCUUUCAGAUGUAACGAGAGAGAGAAGAAACAUUCCCGAAACUUUGGAACUUUCAGCAGAAGCCAAAGCCGCAUUGCUUGAAUUUGAAGAAAGAGAACGACAGCAUAAACAGGGGCGUUAUGGUUCAAGGCGAGGAGGGAGGCGAGGAGGCUCUCUAAUGUGUCGAGGAAUGGGAGACCAGAGACGGGACAACAGUGAGAGGGGACGGUUAAAAGACCACAGACCUGCCCUGCUUCCCACACAGCCUUCUGUAGUGACUCACUCUCCAAGAUUAAUCCCUCCUCCACAGCAGCAGGCUCCGCCUCCACCACCACCCCCUCCUCCCCAGCAGCAGCCAAUUAGAAGCCUGUUCCAGCAGCAGCAGCUGCAGCCUCUGCUUCCCUUACAACAUCCUCAUCACCCUUCGUCUCCUCAAGGAAUGCAUAUGCCUCCCCAAAUAGAAACCCCAAGAAUAAUGCUCACCCCACCCCCAGUGACCCCACAGCAGCCAAAGAACAUACAUAUAAAUCCACAUUUCAAAGGAACUGUAGUGACACCUGUCCAAGUGCCCUUGCUGCCAGUUCCAAGCCAGCCCAGACCUGCUGUAGGACCCCAGAGAUUCCCAGGCCCUCCUGAAUUUCCACAGCAUACACCCGGGCCUGUUCCCAACAACUUUAGCCAGCCCCCUCGACUUCCUCUUCAAGAUCAGUGGAGAGCCCCACCUCCUCCUCAGGAUCGAGAUCCUUUCUUCUUAGGAGUUUCAGGUGAACCAAGGUUCCCAAGUCAUCUUUUUCUGGAGCAGCGAAGUCCCCCUCCCCCUCCACCUCCUCCCACACUUCUUAACAGUAGUCAUCCUGUUCCUACUCAGAACCCUUUGCCAUUCAGUCAGCCUGGACCAGCAUUUAAUCAACAAGGACAGCAGCCAGGAUUUCCAAGAGAAAGGCCUGUAAGACCAAACCUUCAGCCUCCAGGCCCUGUGGGGAUUCUUCACUUUAGCCAGCCAGGAUCAGCAAAUACCCGGCCUUUUAUUCCUCCUAGACAACCCUUCUUGCCUGGCCCAGGACAGCCAUUUCUACCAACACAUGCACAGCCUAACCUGCAGGGGCCAUUGCAUCCUCCAUUGCCACCUCCACAUCAACCUCAGCCUCAACAGCAACAACCUCAGCAUCAGCAGCAGCAGCCCCAACAUCAACCACAGCAUCAUCAGCACCAGCCCCCACUUCAGCCCCAACACCAGCCACCACAUCAGCCUCCACAUCAGCCUCCUCCCCAGCAUCAGCCUCCUCACCAACCGCAGCAUCAGCCGCAGCACCAGCCUCCACAUCAACCCCAGCAGCAUCAGCAUCACCACCACCUUUCUGUUCCUCCUCCACCUCUGAUGCCCAUGUCUCAGCCACAGUUUAGGCCUCAUAUGCAGACUACUCAGCCUCAACCAAAUAACAGUAGAAUGCAAUGCCCCCAACGCCAGGGCCUAAGGCAUAAUACAGCUUCACAGAAUGUAACCAAACGUCCAAUUCAACAAAUGCAGCCAACUGCUCCAAGAAAUAGUAACUUGCGUGAACUACCAAUAGCCCCAUCACAUGUCAUAGAAAUGAGUAACAAUCGUUGCUCCUCCACACCUGCAGCUCAAGUAAAACCUAUUCUAAGCAGCACAUCGCCACCCACGAGAUCGGUGUUGGGUUCUAGGAACAUGCAAGGAAAGACUGAAGUGAAGGUCAAGCCUGUGAGUCCUGUGCUUCAAUCUAAAGAAGAAGCAAAAACGGAACCAGAGUUUCCUGAUGAGGAUGAAGAAACAAGGCUGUAUCGUUUAAAGAUAGAAGAACAGAAACGGCUUAGAGAAGAAAUCCUGAAACAGAAAGAGUUACGACGGCAGCAGCAGGCUGGUGCGCGAAAGAAGGAGUUACUUGAGAGACUUGCCCAGCAGCAGCAGCAGCAGCAGCAGCAGCUUUACACCCCCCAACUCCCAGUAGCAGAGCAAGAAGAACGAGCAUCAUCACCUUCACCCACCAACGGUAACCCACUGUUACCCUUUCCAGGUGCACAGGUCAGACAAAAUGUGAAAAACAGACUUCUGGUUAAAAACCAAGAUGUUACAGUUUCAAAUGUUCAGCCCAAAACACCAAGUUUUGUACCAUCUGGUGCUAAUAUGCCGUAUCAAGGACAACAGCUCAAACCACUGAAACAUUUGAGACAGGCCAGAACAGUACCUCAAAGUCAAACUCCGCCGUCUCUCAAGGUACUCCAAGUGAAACCUGCUGACGUAGAGGAAUUGCCACCCUCACCACAGACUGCCAGAGUGGCUUCUGUCCAAGGCCGGCCCCAGGAAGUCAAACCUGGAGUGAAAAGGACAGUCAUGCAGCGGGCAAACAGUGGUAGUGGAGACGGGCCUCACAUCAGCUCCAAAGUCAGGGUGAUUAAGUUGUCAGGCGGGCAGGGAGGAGAGAGUGACAGCUUUUUCCACCCUGAGGGCCAGCCCCAGCGGCUUCCUCUGCCUCCAGACGGGAGACAGCAGCCCACCCGGAAGGUUACUCUAACCAAAGGGACUCUGCAACAGCCGCAGCACUCACCACUGGCUGCCCACAUGCAACCUGCUAUUCCUCCAGGAAUCAAAAACAUCCAAGGAAUUCACCCGGCAAAAAAGGUCAUUAUGUACGGGAGAGGGAGAGGAGUAGCAGGUCAGAUGGGUCGAGGACGUCUCAUGCCAAAUAAGCAGAACUUGCGAGUGGUGGAAUGCAAGCCUCAGCCCUGUGUCGUGUCUGUGGAGGGACUUUCUUCAUCAACAACUGAUGUCCAGUUGAAGAACCUGCUCAUGUCCGUAGGACCCAUCCAGAGUUUACAGAUGCUUCCUCAGCAGCGGAAAGCCAUAGCAAAAUUUAAGGAGCCAGCACAUGCAUUAGCGUUUCAACAGAAAUUCCACAGGCAUAUGAUAGAUCUGUCCCACAUCAAUGUGGCUCUGAUUGUUGAGUGA